CCCUAAAACAUUUGUUUUGUUUUUUUAAUUUCUUCGAGUUCGCUCUUUCGUCUCGAUUUUGGUGCCACAAAUUAGAAAAAAACCCUAAUUUCACCGAAUUUUUUCAAAUCCCUCUUUUCUCAAUAAGUUUUGUUUUUCCGAUUUUUCCUUAGGCGGAAAGGUUCGUUGUAACCCUAGAUUCGUUUGUCAGUUUUUCGUGGGUGGCUUAAUGGCGAGCGCGGCACGCGGUGAAAGCAGCAACCCUUACGGCGGCGGAUUUGGAACCGGUGGAAAGGCCCGGAAGCCGACGGCUCGAAGGUCUCAGAAAACUCCCUAUGAUCGACCACCGACUUCCGUGAGGAACUCUGGACUUGGUGGCGGAGAUGUCAGAGGCGGCGGCUGGUUGUCGAAAUUGGUGGAUCCGGCCCAGAGGCUUAUUACUUAUAGUGCUCAUAGGCUCUUCGCUUCGGUUUUCCGGAAACGCCUUGGCUCAGUUGAGACGCCUGCACAGUCUCCGGAGCAGCAGAAGCAGCUUCCAGAAAGAGAUGUGAAUCUGGAGAGGAAGAUAGAACACAAGCAGGACGUCUCCAAUCUGUCCAUGAAGAAUGAUUUGAUUCGGAUGGAAGAUACCAAUGCAUCUGUUGAUCAAACCAAAGAUGGAUUUACAGAUCUUGAGGAAAUCUUACAGGGGAAAACUUUUACAAGGUCUGAAGUUGAUCGAUUAACUACCUUGCUGCGUUCAAAAGCUGCUGAUUCAUCCACUGUGAAUGAAGAGCAGAGAAAUGAAGUGAGUAUUGUUGUGAGACAUCCGCCAUCACAUGAGAGGGAUAGGACGCAUCCAAAUAAUGGAAGUAUGAACGCCAUUGUUUCAACACCUCCUGGAAGUUCGACAGCUCUCGUUGAGUGCGUUGCUUCGCCAGCACAGCUUGCAAAGGCCUACAUGGGUAGCCGACCUUCAGAAGUUACUCCUUCUAUGUUGGGAUUGCGUGGGCAAGCGGGUAGGGAAGAUUCUGUUUUCCUGAACAGAACCCCGUUUCCGCAGAAGUCACCUACAAUCUCACUGGUACCAAAGCCUUCUGGACAAAGACCUUUGGAAAAUGGUUUUGUCACCCCUAGAUCUCGGGGAAGAUCUGCUGUUUAUAGCAUGGCCAGAACACCAUACUCUAGGCCUCAGUCCACUGUGAAGAUUGGGUCUCUUUUUCAAGCAUCUCCAGGUACAUGGGAAGGAAGCUUACCUUCUGGUUCUAGGCAAGGGUUUCAGUCGGGUCUUAAACGGAGGAGCUCAGUCUUAGAUAAUGACGUAGGAUCUGUGGGCCCUGUAAGGAGGAUUCGUCAAAAAUCUAACCUUUCGUCCCGAAGCUUGGCUCUUCCUGCUUCUGAGAGCCCACUUUCUGUCCGUGCCAAUGGUGGACAAAAAACUACCCAUUCAUCUAGAGACAGUGCAGAGAAUAUUCCUGGUUCAAGUUUUAACCUUGUUCCUACCAAGUCCAGUGAUAUGGUUUCAAAAAUAUUUCAACAUCUUGAUAAUAUGGCACCAAGUAAGUUAUCACCAUCCAUGCUACGUGGUCCCGCACUCAAAAGCCUACAGAAUGUGGAGGCACCAAAGUUCUUGGAUAAUCUUCCUGAGAAGAAGGAAAAUUUGCCAGAUUCUAGCUAUCAAAAGCAGGAAAAAUCUAGAGAGAGUGGUUCCAGAGAGGUUCUGGCCCCGAGUGAGAAGACUGGUGGUACUGUUGAUGGCACAAGCAAAACUGGUUCCACUCAAGCUCAGAAGACUCUUGGUAAAGGUGCCUAUUUGCCUCUCACGAAUUCGUUGGAAGAGCAUCCUCCAAAAAAGAGAGCAUUUCGAAUGAGUGCGCAUGAGGAUUUCUUGGAUUUGGAUGAUGAUCAUGGUGCGGCAUCUACUCCCUUUGAAGUGGUAGAAAAACAGAAUGUCUUCAAAGUUGAGAAAAGUCGUAUCAGCAUGCCUAACGGGGAGAAACUACGUACUCCCUCUGAAGCGAUGCCCUCUACAUCAUAUAUAUCUAAUGGUGACGCAUCUCAGAGUACCUCUAAUGGAUCUCUGGAAACUGGAAGGUUCAACUUCUCGGCAUUGCCCACUGAAGCUGUUCAGCAAAGUAAUAUGGCCUCAGAGCCAACUUCAAAGUUCAUACAAGGGACUGACAAAUCGAGUAUUUCUCCUGGCAAGCUUACCUCAAAAGAGAAAGUUAUUUCUCUCGAAGAGCCUAAAAAAGCUGAUACUGUAUUUCCCAGCAUCGUCUCAUCACCGGCUGCCACUGACUUACUAAAUCAAAACGCUGGUGCAUCUGCAGACAUCAAGUUAAAAGAGACGAGCAGCACUGGUUUUGGAGUGUCAGAGGGUUGGCCAAAACCAACUGAAUCAAAGAUAACUUUCAGCAACAGGGCUUUUGGAGCUGAGUCGACUACCUCAGCUGCAUCAACCCUCAAUGGUAGUAUAUUCUCAGCUGGGGCAAACGCUGUCAGUCCACCUCCAAAUAAUGGGUCUCUUAGUUCAAUCCCUUCCUUCCCACCUAGUAUCUCAAGUAUACCUUCCAAUAAUUCUGUGGGUGAUGUGCCGUCAACUGUGCAAUCUCUUGCCGCUACUCCCAGUUCCUCUAGUAUAUUUGGAAAGUUGCCUGCUGAUACCAGUAACGAUAGCAACUCACAAUCAACUGCAGCACCUCCCGCCUCUUCUACAUCACCUUUCAAAUUUGGGGAACAUGCAGCUCCAUUUUCUGCGCCAGCUGUAACUCAAUCUAGCGGACAGAUCUCAAAGGAGUCUGAAGUAAAAAAGUCAACAUUUGAAAAUACAAACACUUUCAAGUUUGGUGGAAUGGCUUCAGCAGAGCCGAGCACUGGCAGCGGUUUUGGUGCUAAGUCCUCAGAAAAUAAAAGCACGCCAGGUUUUGUGUUUGGAAGCUCAUCUCCUGCUGUGGCAGAUGCAGGUAAAAAUAUUUUUGGUGGGACAUCCUCUGUGGUUGGUGGCAGCACAUCAAACCCUUCUACUGUUGCAUCAUCUGCUCCUGUGAGCUCUGGAAGUUUAAUAUUUGGUGUGACAUCUUCCUCAACCCCUGUGACCGAGACCAGCAAAUUUUCUGUGAGUUCGGCAGCUACUAAUGCCGGGAGUAAUAAUGCCGGAAGUAAUAUUUUUGGUACUUCCUCUCCUGCAUUUACAAGCUCUGGUAGUAGCAUGUUUGGAAGUGUAGCUGCAAGUACCGGAGGCAGUAUUUUUGGAUUCAAUGCUGGUUCAUCAGCUUCAUCAGCUUCUGCUGCUAGCUCUCAAUCUCAGGCCUCGAAUCUUUUCGGUGCUGCAAAUGCUCAGACAGGUAAUACUGGCAGCGGAACCACAACAUCAACCCAAAGCACCCUCUUCCAGUUUGGUUCGUCUGCAUCUGCUCCUACAUUUGGUUCGUCUGGGAACUCUUCUCUUGCAUCAAACAGUUCUCCAUUUGUAUUUGCUUCUGGCUCAACUCCUCAACUGAGUACGAUAAACUCCUCUGCAAGCUCUAGUGGUACAACAAGCUCUCCCCUAUUUGGGUCAAGCUGGCAAGCUCCCAACUCUGCUCCAGUAUUUAGUUCCUCGUUCACCCCUUCUUCAUCUCCCACCUUUAACUUUGGAGGAUCUUCUGCUGCUACUGGUUCAAGCACUCCUGCUCCCAUUUUUGGUGCAUCUACCAACACCCCAUCAUCUUCACCUAUCUUUGGUUUCAACUCAACCGGUCCUACCACUCCGCAGCAGCCGGUAUUUGGUAACUCAGCCCCCUCAGCGAAUCCAUCACAGUCUGUGUUCGGUAACUCGAAUUCCGGGUUUGCAUUUGGUGCUCCUAAUAACACAAAUGGCAUCAACAAUAAUAACCAACAAGUAAGCAUGGAAGACAGCAUGGCAGAAGACACAUACCAAGCUAAUAAAGCAUCCAUGGUAGCGCCGCCAAUGUUUGGACAACCGGCUGUCACGAUGCCGCAACCGAACUUUGGCUUUGGCGGAGGAGCAGCGACACAGCCUUCAUCAAUGGCUAACCCGUUCCAGUUUGGAGGGCAGCCGAUCCCAAGCACGCCACAGAACGCAUCACCUUUCCAGGCAUCACAGAGUCUAGAGUUUCAAGGAGGUGGGAGCUUUUCACUAGGCAGCACUGGAGGAGGCGAUAAGUCAGGACGCAGAAUCUUUAAAGCGAAGAAAACCAACAGGAAGAAAUAAGCAGCAUUAGGGGGGAUGAUACACCACCACACAAAGAAAAUGCAUAGCUGGGUUCAUGAAGAGAAUCAUACAUAAUCAGUCUUUUUGGUCUUUCUGUUGGCUAUAUAUAUACUCGGGUAAACUGGGAUGCAGAGCAGAUCUGUCGUUUGAUGAAAGAGGUAAGAGUAUGGGGGGUUCCCUUGGCGUUUAUGCUUAUUCAUCAUCUCUUUUGUAUUCGUGUCAACAAUAGCAAGGAUUUGGGAGUUAAAAUUUGUUCAGGGUUAUAAAAGUUGUAGGAAAGUUUUGUAAUUCUCAGAAAGAAAAAUACUGGAGUCUGUAAGAGUAGUAAGCUCUGUUUCUCUUUUUUUCCUUAAAAAAAAAAAAAAAACUCUCUCUCUCUUCUAUUGUAGUGUUUGUAAUAAAUACUUGGUCAAAUCUUUCUUCAGUUUUGGUUUA